AUGGCGACGGCUAGCCCGCGUGCUUGGGACAUGCGCCGGCUCGCCCGUCACACAUGUUUAUAUAGCCGCAAUGACAACAGCGGCGCCUUUACUGGAUACCUGCGCUGCGUGAAAGACGCCGCCAUCAUGUUGAGGAUGCUCGCCUUAGCUUUAUUUUCAGCUCUUUGCUUCAUCACUCACACAACUGAGGGUGAAGUGGUCUACGCCUGUCACAACGACACGGCUGUGAUGUCAUGUGAGUCGGGCUUUAAGAUCCGCUUGGACCACAUUCUGUACAAAGUUGGUGUGGGGACUCGCUGCGGAGAGGGCAAGCGUCACCCUGACGAUGGCGAGGGUGUCUUCUGCUCCUUCCCAUGGGCUGAGAUGGUGGUGGAAGACCUCUGCGGGAACCGGCGGUCCUGCGAUGUUCCCGUCACCGAGCUGGUGUUUGGCGAUUACCCCUGCAAGGAGAACACGCGAUACCUGCAGGUGGCCUACACCUGCCUUGCACAAGCGCCACCACCGCCACCUGCGCCUGCCAAAGUCAAAGCAGACUGUGAUGACAACACUGCCUGA